AUGUCAACUGUUGAAACUGCUGCUGUCCAACCCGCUGCUGUCGCCGCUCCAACAUCUACAGGAGGAAAGAAGGUAAAGCCAUCCAAAGAAGAAGCUGUAAAAUUGAAAUUGGAGAAGAAACAAAAGAAGACUGCUUUGCUCGAUACUUACAAAUCAAAGACACCAGCUGAACUUCAAGAAGAAUUAAAGAAAAUUACUGGUGACACUAAAGAGGAUAAGCAAAAGCGUAAAGUUAUCCAAAAGGCCAUCGACACUCAAUCUGGUACUGUAAAGACCAAGGAGGAGAAGAAGAAGGACAAGUCUGCCAAGAAGAUCGAAAAGUUAAAGAAGAAGAAUCCAAACAUCACUCAAGAGGAGAUUGACCAGGCACUCUCAGAGAAGAAGAAGGACAAGAAGGAGAUAAAAGAAGCCGCCAGAGAGAAGGAAGGAAAAGCUCCAAAGGAAAAGAAAGACAAGAAGGAGAAGAAAGACAAAGAAGGAAAAGAGAAAAAGGACAAGGAAGGUAAAGAAAAGAAAGAAAAGAAUAGAGAUUCUUCUUGA